ACAAAUGCUCAGGACACAAAGUAGAAGUCACACUAUCACUCUCUGAGUAAACUUACGGAUAUCUGCUAAAGUCAGGCAGCUGACAGCAGCAGCGUGUGAGAGUGAGACUAAACCUGGACUCAAACAUGGACGGGGAACUCUGACGGAGACGCGCUCAGGAUUUUAACUCACCUGAAGAAACUCCAAACCUGGACCCAAGGAGGAAUCUGGACUGAAAGCAAAUCCCCAAAGAGUGAUAUACUGACCACUGCAGACUGGGAGCACCCCACAGGAGCUGCAGUUUUUGGAGAUGCUAUGACCAGUGAGAUUCACCCCAGCAAACCCCAGCCAGGCCAUGUGCACGCCAUGACCACAACCAUGGUUCGCUCUGUGAUGUUGAUAGCCCUCAUGCAUGUUUUCCUGCUGUCCCACGGUGUCCAGAGUUCAGAGUCCAUAGAAGAAGAACCCUCUCUUGGCUCAGGUGUCCUGGACCUCCCAUUGCAGGAUCAGUUGUGCUGUGACUCACCUGCAGCCCACCUCAACACGGAGGAGGAAGACGAGCAUGCAGCAGAGACAAACCGCUCUGGAUCAAGCCUCCCAGAUCAUCCUCGCUGCAGCUUCAAGAGCUGGACUACUGGACAACAGCGUGAUGAGGCCUCUGGAGGUACAUGUUUGGAUAUUCUGUGCAGGAUUCAAAACUGGGAAAAUGUAACUUGUGACCUUCAGUCUCACGGUCCACCAUCAACCCUGCUGGAUUCAGGUCUUGUGGCGAUUAGCUUACAGCGUCUGUCGUCAGAGAAACACCUAAGUUCUGCAUCUUAUAACCCUGUUGUCUGUGAGGACUCCUUCACGUGUUCGCUCUCGCUUGAUGCUAUGACCAGCUUUGUCACCAUCGUAACCGUCAGCGUCUCAGACUCUGUAGCUCCGCCGGUCCUACUCCGAAUUCCUGCUCGACCUGUGAAACCAAGUCCUCCAGUCAACCUGUCUCACACUCAAACCAUCGAGGCGGAUCUGAUUCUACGCUGGGACGACCCUACUGACUUUAUCACCGGCCUGCUGAGAUAUGAGGUCCGAUACUCCCCCUACACCACUCAUCCAGUGUGGCAGGUGGUUUCUGCACUUGGAGAGCCCAGGUUGUCUUUGGAUCUGAGGCCCAGCCUGAAGUACACCGUCCAGGUCCGCUGCUCUAGCCUGGUGACGCCUCCUCUGUGGAGCGACUGGAGUGAGCCGUACCACAUCUUCCUGGACACUGUGAGCUACAUCCCAGAGAAAGUGGUGGCCAGACCAGGACAGAACGUGACUGUGUACUGUGUGUUCAACGAUCACAACAUCAACGCCAGCACGGCCGUGUGGAUGCUCAACUUCAAGCAGCAGCUUCAUCACAGCCAGUACCACCCAGUCAACCAAUGGGUCAGCCAGAUCACAGUGCGUCCUUCAGAGACUCGCAUGUACGACCUGCUGCAGUGCACUCAGGACUGGAACAUCCCAUACAGCCAGAUCUUCGUAGAGGGAGCUUCAAUUGAUAUAAACUGUGAAACCAAUGGUGAUAUCAGCGCUAUGGACUGCAGCUGGAAUUACACGCAGUGGACUAAACCCAAUUUCAGAUCCAGGUGGGCCGACAUGUCCUGUGAAGAGAUGGAGAGAGCGGGUGACACCGUGGGGGCGGAUGGGCCUUCUUGCCUCCAGGUGAGAUUCAGGAAGAAAACCUGCACCAUCUCCCCUCUGAGGAUGAACUGCUACAAGCUGUGGCUGGAAGUUCCAUCAAGGCUGGGUCCCAUCAAGUCCAAACCCGUCUACCUGUCUCCGAUAGAUCACGUCAAACCGCACGCUCCCACUAAUGUGAAGGCGGUGUCUCGUAGCGGCGGCGUCCUCUCGGUCUCAUGGGAGCAUCCCCACCUGCCGGUCAACAGUCUCCAGUGCCAGUUUCGAUACCGCUCGACGUCUUCUGUCAGAUCCCGGACGGAGUGGAGGGUCCAGGGUCCUGUGCGGGUGCUGGGGGCUGAGGUCACAGUGCCAGAAAUGUGCUGGGUGUACGUGGUACAAGUUCGCUGCAUGAACUCACAUGGUACAGGAUACUGGAGCAGGUGGAGUGACUCAGUCUACUCCAUGCCUCAGAACAGCAGAGCUCCUGAGCGUGGCCCGGAUUUCUGGAGGAUUCUUCAAGAUGAUCCGUACAGAAACCAGACCAACGUCACUCUGCUGUUUGAGCCUGUCCAGAUGUCUGAACGCUCUUACUGCAUCGAUGGAUUCAUUGUCCAGCACCAGACCUCGAGUGGCUCCGUGGUGAGGGAGCAGAUUGAUUUGGCGUCAUCCUACAGCUUUGAGUGGGACCAGUCGCUGCAGACUGUGACUGUGGAGGCCUACAACAGUCUGGGGAGCUCAGUGAACAACUUCAAUAUGACGCUGGAGAGACAACCCAAACGACGUUUUUUGCGUUCAUUCAGUGUGCUGGCUAUCAACAGCACCUGUGUCUCUCUGUCAUGGACCCAGUUGGACAACAGCUCUGUGCCUCUGUUCAUGGUGGUCCAGUGGGCUCCACAGGGACAGAAGGGGUCUGAUCAUCACAACGGCCAGAGUGGGGAGACAUGGGCCAGACUGCCAUACACAGAUCGGGCCAUUUAUCUAAGAGGUGAUUUCUUUGGCUCUGAGGAGUGUGGCUUCUACUUGUACCCUGUGUUUGCUGAUGGAGAGGGGGAGUCAGUGUACACCACAGCAGCCACCAGAGGAGACCCUGCAGCCUACAUGAUGCUGAUGAUCAUCUCCUUUCUGUCCAUCGUCCUGUUUGUCACCCUGGUCCUCUCUCAAAACCAGAUGAAAAAAAUAGUGUGGAAGGAUGUUCCAAACCCAAACAAAUGCUCCUGGGCCAGAGGACUGGACCUCAAAAAGGUCGACACCUUUGAGCACCUGUUCCGGCCUCCUGAAGGUCUCCCUGCCUGGCCGCUGCUCCUGCCAUCAGAAACCAUCUCCAAAGUGGUCAUAGUGGAUAAAGUUGAUCUCUCAGCUCUGACUACAGCUUUAGUUCAAGGUCCUUGUGUGUCCUUAACUCCUGACCCAGUCACCACGUUAAAUAUCUCUUCCCCUCCUGGGUUUCACUCAGAGGUCGAGAAAGCCCCAUCCAUCAAAAGUGAUGUGCUUAAGGGGAGAGCUCCUUCAUUUGUUCUUAAUGUUGAUGAUUUCACAAGUUCAACCCUAAGAAUAGAUCAGUUACGGCUAGCAGAGGAGGUCCCAGCCAGCACUGACAACUCUGCCCAGUCCACGGUCACGUACGCUACAGUGCUGCUCUCGAAUCCCACGCAGGAUCAUCUCCACGACAAGGACGGUGGCGGCAGCAGCUCCAGUGAUGAGGGCAACUUCUCUGCCAACAACUCAGACAUUUCCGGAUCAUUCCCUGGCGGCCUGUGGGAGCUGGACGACCCGCGGCGCUCCUGCUCCUACAACUCUGUGGAAGAGCUUUCUGAAACAUCAGAGCAAGAAGACGAGGAGGAGGUAAGAGAGGAGAAGGACUUGUAUUAUUUAGGAAUGGAUUACCCGGCAGAGGACGAGGACAGCGAGGAAGAGGACGAGGAGAGAGAAGAGGAGACUAAGACUGAGCUGCUGACUGUCACGUUGAACAGAGAGGACUCUUUGGUGGAGUCGCAGCCUUUGCUGGGCCCUGAGGACUCCAGCGAGCUCAGUGAGCUGCUGUCAACACUAACGUGUGACUGCUCUCCGCUUUACAUGCCUCAGUACAGAACUGCUCCAAGCGCGAGACAACUCACAGCUCAACCACAAGAUAGCAAAACCCCUGCUGUGAUUCUCAAACAGACUCCUUUAAAAUGAAAAUGCUCACCUUAAAAUGCUUUUGUGUUGUGAGUCACCUCUGCUGAUUUGAUAUGUCCCUGUACACAUAUUGAGGCUGGAGCUGCAAGAUGUAGAAAUACCUCAACUUGCUUGUGAUUGACAUUCAUCAAUGCUGCUAUUGUGUUCAGUGGAAAAAGGCACCACGGGGGGAGGAAGCCUCAUUCACAGGCGUUUAUUUAUUUAUUUAGAGGGCUUUAAACCCCACAUUCUACUGUGCCACACUGACCCUUGCAUCUUCUCUUGAUGAAGAAGCACCUGCUCAGAUCACUGAACGCACACUUUAAAUGCAGGUCAGGUUAGAGGUGUAUGUGCACCCACUGCUCUCAGAGAGUAGCAGGAAGACUGUACAAGUAAAGUAUGGAUCGUCAAGAAAGAGGCAACACAGGAGUUACACUUCUGGUUUCAAACAUGUCAUACACGCAGCAUAUUUCACAGGUGAUCAUGCCUUCGAUGCAUCAUUAAAAGAAGAGGUAAUGUGUGCAUUCACUCAUGCUGCCAUCGAAAUGUUGAAACAAGUUCUCUGUAAUCUCCACCGCAUUAUUCCAGCACAUGAAAGAGGUUCAAAGAGAAUCAAUAAGCGCACAAAGCAAGAGAGAAAAAGACUCAUAAUCUGCAGCUCUCUCAAAGCACAUUGGACUGUGAAGUGAAGGAAACCUUUGGAUGUCACAUCAAAGAAAUUAGUGUGACUAAACCAGUUAAUAAUGAAAACAGAUGUAAUCUGUGUGUAAUUUCAGGUGAUUAAAAAAAAAAAGACUUGACUGCAUCAGUGGGGAUCUUGUGCAACAACAUCUGCAUGGACUGAUUCACCCAUAAACACAAAGAAAGUACAUUGUUGUGCUCUGUGCUGUAAUGUGUUUGAGAAUCUGUUACAGUCUGUGAGAAGUGUAAUAUCUAUUUUCUCUGUUUUGUGUAAGUAAGACAAAAGAAUGUAUAUUUGAAAACAGUCUACAUUUAUGAAAAUAUUGAAACAUUGUUGAUGAUAAUGUUUAUGAAGAUCUAUUGUCUAUUUUUCCAUGGUGAAAAUAAAGUGUCUAUUGUGAAAAGUGCAUGGUU